UAAAUGCUAAAGUAAAAAUAAAAUUUUUAAAAAUCAUUUUUUUGUGCAAUAAAAUUUCUAAGGAUUUUUUUUACAUACAACAGUUAAAUAAGCGGUACUUUUAAAUAUGAGGAAAUGUUUUUAUCAAAAAUCAACGGGAUAUCAAUGAACGUCUUUGUAUUAAGAACCCCCAAUGAUUUUUAUUUGCUACAGAGUUUUGUCCAUUAUCACAACCAGACCUCCUAAUGUGACUUAAAUAAAACUCGAUAUUACCAUUAGUAAUUCUGUUUGCAGAUCAGAGUGGCAUGCGACUAGUAAACGUGGAACGGGCGUGUCUCUUGCUGACAACGAUUCACGUUUUGGUCAACGAGAUUGUCGAUGCAAAGACCUUCACCCUUGGCUACAUCACCGGUUCCAAGAGACGGCCAAACGAACUUGAGUAUCAGAGACCUGGUACUCGUAUCUCUGGUGCUAUCACUCUUGCUGUUGAAGAGGUUAACGCUGGUGAACUGGGUAAACGCGGACAUAAACUUGAGUUCUUGGUUGCUGAAACUUAUGGAGAAGAAGAGACGAGCAUUUUGAUGACCGCUGAACUUUGGAAGAAAAAUAUUAGUGCUUAUAUUGGUCCACAAGAAACUUGUAUUCAUGAAGGCAGAAUGGCGGCUGCUUUUAAUCUUCCAAUGAUUUCAUAUUUUUGUACUCAUCAAGAAACGUCAAAUAAAAUCGAAUUUCCAACAUUUGCUCGAACUCGACCACCAGACACCCAAAUAUCAAAAUCCGUUGUUUCAGUUUUGUUGGCAUUCAAUUGGACGAAAGUUACGUUUAUGUACAUGAACUCAAGUUUAUUUGAGUUCAACAAUAAAAUGUCAAGCGUCGCAAUGACGAUUCUCAAUUCAUUUGAGUCGUCUGGAAUUUCAGUAAAUUAUCUCCGUUGCUGGAAGGAACCCUACCACGUCACUCACAUGAACAAUCCAUUUCACGAGCUCGUUGCCUCAACUUACCGCGAAACGCGAAUAUACGUUAUACUUGGCAACUAUUAUGAACACAUGGGUCUCUUGAUGGCAUUAAACGACAAGAAAUUACUUGAAAAUGGCGACUAUUGGGUAGUUGGUGUCGACCCAGAGCAGUACGAUGAGAAACAACCUGACAAAUAUCUUCGUGGUUUAUGGCAAAAGCAGACAGAUCUUUCACUUCUUCGUGCUUACAAAAGUUACUUUAGUAUCGUAGCUUCGGCUCCAGUUAACUUUGACAACUUUACUAGAUUAAUUCAUCAGUACCGACAAAAGCCACCAUUCAAGUUUAGUAAUCCUCUAGCAAAUGUCGGCGGAAUAGUUCAGAUAGUACCAGAGACAGCUUAUCUAUACGACGCAGUUCAUCUGUAUGAAAGAUCUCUUUUAGCUGCCUUGAAUGAGGGUCGUGAUCCUCGAGACGGUCGAAAGAUGGUUGAAACUCUCCACGGAGUUCAUUAUCACAGUGCUAUGGGCUAUAUGGUUUAUAUGGAUAAAAAUGGCGAUGCUGAAGGAAAUUACACACUAAUUUCUUUAGACAAUCGUUCAGAUACUGGGCAUGGUCUUUAUCCAAUAGGAUAUUUCAUUGGCAAAGAAGAAAUAACAAGUUUACCUAAAUUGAGACUGACAAGAGAAAUUAUGUGGCAGAGUAAUGGACCGCCUUUGGCUGAACCUUUCUGUGGUUAUCACGAUGAAAAGUGUAAUGCCCAUACUGGAGAAAUAAUUGGUGGCAUUGCUGGAGGAUUACUUCUUAUUUUUAUUUCUAUUUCAUUGAUACUCUAUCGUAAUUGGAGAUAUGAACAAGAAUUAGAUUCACUUUUGUGGAAAGUUAAUUAUAAAGAUAUUCAAAUUCGCGAAACAAAAGAUGAAAGCAUUAAUUGUGAAUCAAAAUCUAAUACUAAACCUGUAGUGAGAACUAGUCAAGUAUCUCUCAGUUCAAAUCCUGACGCUGACUUUCGUUACUCGAUGAUUUAUACCCAAAUUGGAUAUUACAAGGGUAGAAUGUUUGCAAUUAAAAAAGUUCGUAAAAAAUCAAUUGAGAUUACGAGAGAGAUGAAAAAAGAAUUAAAAAUAAUGCGUGAUUUAAGGCACGAUAAUUUAAAUGCUUUCAUUGGAGCUUGUACCGACCCACCGAACAUUUGUAUUGUAGUGGAAUAUUGCGCGAGAGGAAGUUUAAAAGAUAUAUUGGAAAAUGAAGAUAUGAAAUUGGAUAAUAUGUUCAUGGCUUCUUUGGUCGCAGAUAUAAUUCAAGGCAUGGUGUAUCUUCAUGAAUCUGUUCUUAAAUAUCAUGGUAAUUUAAGUACUUCAAAUUGUCUUGUUGACUCACGUUGGGUAGUCAAACUCGCCGACUUUGGUCUAAGAGAAUUUAAAAAAGAUGCCGAGUGUGAUCCCGAAGAUGUUAUGAAAAAAUAUCAAGGAUUAUUGUAUAGAGCACCAGAGUUAUUAAGAUCAACAGUAAUAGAAGAGCCUACAGUUCGUGACUAUCAAAAAGCAGAUGUAUAUUCAUUUGCAAUUGUCCUCUAUGAACUUCACGGGCGUCAUGGUCCCUUUGGUAUCACAGAAUUGACGGCGCCCGAAAUUUUAAAACGAAUUAUUGUAAGAGAAGUCAGUUUGCCCCCUUUUCGGCCCUCAGUCGAUCAACUAGAGAAUUGUUUUGACUUCGUACGCGACUGCUUGAUCGAGUGCUGGGCAGAAGAUCCCGAGAGUCGUCCUGAUUUUAAAAUAAUACGUAACAAAUUACGGCCAUUGAGAAAAGGAAUGAAGCCAAAUAUUUUUGACAACAUGAUGGCAAUGAUGGAAAAAUAUGCGAAUAAUUUAGAAGCUCUUGUUGAUGAGCGGACAGAUCAAUUAACUGAAGAAAAGAAAAAAACUGAUGCGCUAUUGUAUGAAAUGUUACCGCGUUAUGUUGCUGAACAAUUAAAACGCGGCCAUAAAGUUGAAGCUGAAGGAUUUGAUUGUGUAACUAUUUAUUUUAGUGAUAUCGUGGGUUUUACAGCCAUGUCUGCUGAAAGUACUCCAUUACAAGUUGUUGAUUUUCUUAAUGAUCUUUAUACAUGUUUUGAUUCCACGAUUGAAAAUUAUGAUGUUUAUAAAGUUGAGACUAUCGGCGAUGCUUACAUGGUGGUCAGCGGACUACCCAUUAGAAAUGGUAUCCAGCACGCUGGAGAAAUAGCCAGUAUGUCAUUAUGUCUUUUAGAUGCAAUAAAACAAUUCAGUAUUCGUCAUCGACCAUUAGAAAAACUUCAACUGCGAAUAGGGAUCCAUUCUGGACCAGUUUGUGCCGGCGUUGUGGGUUUAAAAAUGCCUCGUUAUUGUCUUUUUGGUGAUACCGUUAAUACUGCCAGUCGUAUGGAAUCAACUGGUACUGCUCUAAAAAUUCACUGCAGUCAAGAGACUAAAAAAUUACUAGAUAAAUUAGGAGGCUUUAAUUUAAUUGAACGCGGCGUAGUUUCAAUGAAAGGAAAAGGAGACCGUUUGACCUACUGGUUAAUAGGUGAAGAUCCAAUCCAACGUGCAGAACGUACAAGUGACAGAUUGGAACGUAAAAAUGGCAUUGGAGGAAAAAAUAAUAUGAUUCAUGAUCUUUUGGUACCAAAAAGUUCAUUGAAAAAUAAAUCAUUAACCCGAACAACUUUCUUAAGAUGUUCAAGUGAAUCACCAAAGCGUCUUAGAUUUGCAAGCUCUGAUCAAUUGAACAAUAAAUUACCAAUCAAUACCAAUGAAUUGGAGUGUAUUGUUGACAGUAGUCCUUGCAAAGGCAAAGGACUUUGUUCAAUUCGAUCAAAUUGCAUGGAAAGUUCUAGAUCCUCAAGUAAUUCUUGUCCGUGUGUUGAAAAAUUAUGUGACUCGGAGGAUCAAAAGAAAAAUAAUAAAAUUUCUAUUAGUAAUAAUGAUGAACAGUAUUUCAAAAGGGCAUUGUAUUUUGGUAAUAAUCGUAUUUUAUUAGAGAGUAAUUGUCACUCGGCUCCCAGUAGCCCGAAACACAGUUCGAUGAUUUUAAAUUCACAAAAAAGAAGUGCGCAAUCUAAUGAAGAAAUGGAUGGAUGUGACGCUACGCCACUAAUUAGAUCUGCGACAUUUGUCGAAUGACAUUCGAUUGUUGUUUGUUUGAAUUUAAAAAAAAAACCGCCGGAAUUUUUUUUAUAGAAAUUUUUAUUUGGAAAUUUUUUGUAGAGACAGUUAGUUGUCUAAAAUUAAUUUUUUGUUUAAAAAAUUCAUUAUUGAAAACAAACAAAUGAAAUUUAUAAAAUUAUUAAGGUCUUGUGGGCAGUAAUAACCGAAUUUUCGGAUUGUACUUAAUUCCGAAGCAAUGAGUUGUGUUCUGCUAACGCUUACUUGGUCCCAUUUGCCCAUACAAAGUCGCCGUUAAUGGAAAAAAUGCCGUAAAUCGGCCGAUGUCUGACUGCCGUCACUCGGCCAAGCAUUGGCAAUUAGUAAUGGCCCAAACCUGGUUAAUUACCAGCAGCCGUUUAAUUUUUUAAACGACGCUGCCGAUGGCUGGCCAAUGAAUGGCUGCUUACGACUGGCCGAUUAUCGGUUCGCAACGUUGGGCUACUGUUGGUGAAUCAGUGUUCCAUGAUUAAUUGUUGUUGAAGUAGACUGAAUAAGUAAAUCAUAUUAAAGUAUCAGCUCAACAUUAGUAGGUUCGUCCAGUAGCCAGUGUUCAGACCCAGCAAUCAGAAGGACGGCAGUUCGCGCCCAGGGCCCAGCAGAAUUUUCACCGUUUUUUUCACAUCAUUUACCCCACUUAAAUAGUUUAAACGUUAAUGAUCAUGAAUUCUACUAGGAUAAUAAAAAUAAAAUUUUUUAUUAAUUAAAUCUAUUUGCUUGCUUGGCUGAUUGCUGGCUACCAUUGAUCGGCCGAUAGUCGAGCGCCAUUAAUGGGCCGAGGUUAUCAUCCCGACUAUAAGCCGUUUAUCGGCCAAUGAAAAUUUCCAUUGCUGAGCCAUUAAUCGACAUUCUUGGCCUAGUAAUGGCCCAAUCUAGGGCCGAUUUCCAAACUUUGUAUGGGUAAUUCAUUCACGUAAAAUUACUUUGGCUUUCACUAGGAUUCGAACCCACGCCUGUCCAGUGAUUUUUUUUUUAAAUACCUUUUCGCAUAUAACAGCGCCAUCUAUUGAUCACUUUUUGAAUAAGUAAGCGAGUUGUGCACGUUUGAAUUUUCCAACUUCUUUAUUUUUCAAUUACGUUCUGCAUGGAAAGAUUGGAACCCGACUGUUACUGUUCUGCACCCAACUCAGAACGGCGCUGGAAGAAAAUGUUCGAUUGGUGCAGAACUACACUGAUUACGGUGCGGAA